UGAAGAACAUUUUAAAUAAUUUAAAUACUCGAGACAAAAAAUUUGUUUGUUUGACAUUGUCAUUGCCUUUUUAUAUUUUUUGUUUACCGCGCAUUUUGUAAACACAACACAAAAAAAAUUUAAUUGCGCAGCAAAAAUUGUGCAAAGCUUUACACGUUCUCACUCUGAAGAACUUUUCGCACUCUCAUUUUGUGCGAGAGUGAGAAUGUGAGCACCGUAACUGACGCCCCAAUGGUAAAUGGUAUCGAAAAUUCUGAAAUUAAAAUUUGCUGAGCAAAACUAGAAAAUGAACAAACAGUAGGCGAAAAGGCAAUAUUAUUAAACUAUUUAGCCAGUUUCUGUGCUAGACAUCACUUUGUUUCAGAAAUCGUUUCAGAGCUAGUCGGAAAAACAAAAUACUAAAAAAGAUUAAAUAAAAACAAAUUCUGGAAGUUUCUCUUGGUGCUAUUGUAUAAAGUUCUAUGAACGCAAAGCAGGGUCUGUGAGCGCGAGAGCAGUUUGGCAGCCACUCUCACAACUAAAGAAAACGGCGAGAUAAAAAGCUCUCGUCGGGUAUAAAAGCAGGUAUUCAACACCGAGAAAAAGUUCAAUUUCCAUUCGUGUUUCGAAGCGAGGAGGACGUGGACAACCAGUAGACGUGUCGCAUAUGCACCAAAUAAAAUAAAGAAAAGGAAAAAAAAACUCGAAGCCAAAAGAAUCUACAAAGAUAAAGAAGCCCUCAAUUACAACUCAUUUUAUAUAAGCACAAGAUCUCAAAUACAACAUGUCUGAGGCACACUUCGAUGAAUACGAGCACUACAACUUCGACCAUGGCAAGCACAUCUUCUCAGGCCACAGCGGCAAGCAGCGCUCCAAGAAGGAGGCCAGCGAGCACACCAACCACUUUGACCCGUCGGGCCACUCGCGCAAGAUUUUGACCAAGCUGAUGAACACCAACAACAACAAGAAGACUAUAAAGAACUGAUGUCCGAGGCCAAGUCAAGGCAGCAGCAGAGAGAGACACAAAAAAAUAUUUGAGUAGGAAGAGAGUGCAGAACAGAAAAGAAAAAGGAAACGGAAAGGUAGAAUUAAAAAUCAAAGCCAGCAGCAUACUGAAGAAAGGAAGAGAAGGAGGAAAAGAGAAGUGGCUUUAGCGGCGGCAGCUGGCACUGCUGUCGGCUGUCGGCUGGAAAGCAAAAUACAAAAAGAAAAAAAAUCAACACUGGAAUAUCGUAUUGAAUAGCUAAUAAUUUCAACAAUUUCCUAAACUUACGUACUUUUACGGACUUAUAAUUUUAAUUUUAUUCUUAGUGCGUUUCAAAUUAUGAAGUUUACUUUAGGUCUAACUUAUAAAAUAAAAAGAAAAACAAACCAA